GAAGCAACCUUGCUGCCAGGGCUGCUGACAGCUUGUCACAUUUUUAGCCUUCUUUCCUUCCGACAUCUUGAACGACGUGAAACACGCGUUUUUCGGGUGUAGAAAAUAUUAAUUCGCGAUGAAGCUGAACAAGAACGUUUCCUCUUCGCGUCGCAAGAGCCGCAGGCGCCAUUUCCAGGCCCCGUCGCACAUCCGAAGGAAGUUGAUGUCGGCGCCCCUGUCGAAGGAGCUGAAGCAGAAGUACACCGUCCGCUCGAUGCCAAUCCGCAAGGACGACGAGGUUCAGGUUGUGCGCGGCCACUACAAGGGUAACCAGGUCGGCAAGGUCGUCCAGGUUUACCGUAAGAAGUUUGUCGUUUACAUCGAGCGGAUCCAGCGUGAGAAGGCCAACGGAACGAACGUGUACGUCGGUGUGCACCCGUCCAAGUGUCUGAUCGUCAAGCUGAAGAUGGACAAGGAUCGCAAGAAGAUCCUGGAUCGCCGUGCCGCUGGACGCCGGGCGGCGCUGUCCAAGGAGAAGGGCAAGUACACCGAGGAAUCGGCCGCGGCCUCCGCGAUGGAGACCAGCUCUUAAGCUCUCCCCCUACAAAAUACAGACUCCGCGAUCCGUUAUUUUUGUACAAUGCAACGGGAGUUACCCCUUCUCUGAUGGGCUGUUUUGUUGCAUUCUAAGGAAGUAAACAAAUCCAAUAAACUUAAGAAAGAGGAAAAACACCUGAAA